AUUUAUAACCUAAAAGUAAAUAAUAAAUUAUUUAAUACAUAAAUAUUUCCGUAAAACAUGAAUGGAAGGCUCGUAAUUCGUGCAAUAUAUUGUAACUUUACUCGUAGAACACUAAGAAAUACAGAUGUUUCUUUACAUAAACCACAAUUUUUUGGUAUUUUGGUUAACAAAUUGUCUACCAAAGCAGAAACCCAGUUAGCAGAGAAAAAACACUGUAAUGUAGGAACUAUCGGUCAUGUAGACCAUGGGAAAACAACUCUGACUGCUGCCAUAACGAAGGUACUAGCAAAUGAUGGUCUCGCUCAGUUUACUUCGUAUGAUGAAAUUGAUAAAGCACCGGAAGAAAAAGCCAGAGGUAUUACAAUAAAUGCUGCUCAUGUUGGUUAUAACACAAAACUUCGACACUACGCACACACAGACUGCCCCGGUCAUGCGGACUAUGUGCGUAACAUGAUAUCUGGUGCAUCACAGAUGGAUGCAGCAAUUUUAGUUGUAGCGGCCAAUGAUGGACCUAUGCCACAAACGAGGGAGCACCUGUUGUUAGCAAAACAAGUUGGGAUACAAUACAUUUUAAUAUAUAUUAAUAAAGCUGAUUUAGUUGAUGAUGAACUUUUAGAACUGGUAGAAAUAGAAAUGAGGGAAUUACUGUCCGACUUUGGAUAUGACGGUAACAACGUGCCCAUGGUAUAUGGAUCUGCACUGAAGGCAUUAAAUGGAGAUGAAUCGGAGCUAGGCGCCCCUUCAAUAAGGAAACUUGUAGAUACAAUGGACACAUACAUACCUGCGAUAGUUAGGGACCUGCAGUCCCCAUUCCUAAUGCCCAUAGACAAUGCGUUCACAGUACCAGGAAGAGGCACGGUUGUCAUCGGAACUAUAAAACGUGGUAUUAUGAAGAAAAAUGACGAAUCAGAUUUAAUGGGUUUUGGCUACAAUAUUAAAACUACAUUGUCUGAUAUUCAGAUAUUUAAAAAAAGUGUGUCUGAGGCCGUAGCAGGUGAUAAUGUAGGUGUAUUACUAAGAGGUAUGAAAAUAAGGUCCGUGGAAACUGGGAUGCUGCUAUGUGCUGCGAAAAGUUUCAGUUUGAGCAACCAUUAUAAAGCCAAUAUUUACUUCCUGACUAGGAAUGAGGGUGGACGUAAAAAGCCGGUAUUUUCAAAGUAUUCACAACAAAUGUUCAGUGGCACAUGGAACAUUGCCUGCAGAAUCGAUUUAGAUCCCAGCAUGCAUAUGAUGAUGCCGGGUGAUCACGGCGAGGUGUAUCUAACGUUACUUGAAGGUAUGGUCAUGACUCAAGGCCAGCCAUUCACUGUCAGAGAAAACAAUGUGACCGUUGCUACGGGAAUUAUAACAGAAACAUUACAGUCAAUAGAUGUUCCCAAGGGAAAACUGGGAAAAGUGGUCAUGAAAUAUGACCAAUAACAAUAGUGUUAAAUAGUUCUUGUAUAUAUAGAAUGUAGGUGUUAUUAAUAAAUUAUUUCUUGUUUC